AUGGAAAAUACUCAUUUGAGCAGCCAUAAUGAUGAGAAUAUGUACGGCAAUAGCAGCGAUGAUGUGUUAUGUGAUAAGGAUGAACAUCACUUCAAAGAUGACACAACCUCAUCGAUCCAAUACCAGAGUUCACCAUCAAAUCAUAGCACUUCGUCAUCGCCUUUUUUCUCGUUUCCGUUCUUGAAACGGCGACAAAGUUAUACGAUUAAUCCACCGGAUGAUACGUACAACGUCACUUACCUUGGAAAUGUUCUUACGGUCAUGGCUAAAGAGACGAAACAGCAAGGACUGACUGAAUAUUGGGCGCAUCGGAUAACGUUUUGCUUAGCACCACCCGAUUAUCCUCGUUUGUUCUGCUGGGUUUAUAAGCAUGAAGGAAAACGGAUGAAACCUGAAUUAAGAUGUCACGCAGUUUUGUGUAAAAAAACUUCUGAACCAAAUGCAAUCACCUUGAAACUGCACGAAUUUCUUCAAGCUGCACUUCAGGAGUAUCGACGUGAGAAACUUUCUAUGCAAAACGCGCGAUUGAAUGCGACCGUCAUUGGUAAAGCUGGAACAUGUCCGAAAAGGUAUUUUAGUUUGUCAAUUUUCAAAACACUCCAAUCCGACGGCCGAUCCUAG